CUGACUGCGUCACUUCCGCCGACGCCACAUGUGUAUGGUUCCUGGGGGUAGCGGAGUCCCAGACGCAGACUAACGCUGGAAACAUGAGUCAGGUGGAAGAAUUAAAGGUGUUUGUCUCCGAGCGACUGCAGGCGGCUGUCUCUGACGUCUUAGGCGCCUUUGAGAAAACGUUAGCGGGGUACGAGGAGCAGACUUCCCGCUUGAAGGACGAAAACAACCGCUACCGCUCCCUGCUGGAUGUCGUGCUCCUGUCCAAGUUACCGCAAACAAAGGUAGGCCACGCUAACAAAAGUACACCUGCUGCUGCUGCUGCCAGCCCGGUAGCCUCAAACUCAACGGCUGAAAGAACUUCCUCUUCUUAUGCAGGUCACGCCAUCAAAAGUAUCCCUUCUGCUGCUGCCAGUCCAGUAGCCUCAGACUCAAGUUCUGCACAAAUGGUCAAAAGAACUUUCAUUGCUCAUGCAGGUCAUGUCAACAAAAGUACCCUUACUGCUUCUGCCAGCCUGGUAGCCUCAGAUUCAAGUUCUGCACAAACGGCCGAAAGACCUUCCUGUUAUUCUGGUGAUGCACAGUGUCUCUUCACCUCACACGACAACUUUUUCAAGCUUGCAGCCAAUGACAAUUGUCCCCUCUGCAUCAAGAGUGUUCAGGCCACUGAGAAACAUUUGAUGAAGAGGCAUUAUCGAUUCGCUGUUCAUUUUAAUGAGGGGGGCACAGAAAAAUUUGUGGUGCCAUGUUUUUGCACCGAUAAUGGCCAAGGAAGAAGUCACUGGCACUGCCCAUUUUGCGUAAAGAUCAUUCAUCGGAAAUGUAACUUUGAGGUGCACUUAUCAAAACAACAUGGUGAUGCAAUACUACUGCAGAGCCAAGAUGCAGUGAGUCAUCAGGACUGUAAGCAUCCGGAGCUGAUACAAAAAGGCGACAGUCAAAUGGGAGGACAAAGUCUGGAGGCAGACAGUGACCAAGAUUCACCCGUCAGCAUCAUUUAUGUGAACAGUUUUAUCCAAGAUUUGAGUGAAAUCAACUGUGUGCAAAGCACGAAGGGGCCUCCUCGACCCCUGGACACUCAGCCUGACGGUUGGUUUGGUAAAACAUGGCAGCCUGAUGGAGACUGUCAGAACACCAAUGGAGGUGGUGCUGUCACUGAGAAUAACAGCAGCCACAAUACUGAAGAGUCGCAGAGCCACACAGUUUGUUCGAAUUUAAAGGCACUUGGUUCAAAGAAGAAGAAGAAUGUGAAAAGGACUUUGCCCCUCUCAAGUUUAAUUAAAAAGGAAUCAUCAGGAGGAUCUACCUUUCAGAAUCUCACAGGUCGUCAUUCUUGUAAAGCUCAUGCGAAGCACACAUUGAAGAAACAUGUGCAAACACACAAAGUGGACAAAAGCCACAUUUGUGAAGUCUGUGGAAAACGAUUAUUGUCUAAAGUAAGUUUAGUCCAUCACCGUCAAAGCCACCCAAAGAGAAACCAAUGCGGAAUAUGCAAAAAAGUGUUUUCUAAUAAUUCCAAUCUGCAACGGCAUUGGAGAUUGCACAGACCAAAGGGUCUAAAUGAUAUGUCAUCAGCUUAAAAAACACAGAUGGGCAAAAUCCUUCAGAUGUCAUAAUGCAUCAAAACUGCUGUCUUAGUGGAAUUUGAUCAUCUACAGAUAAGACAGUUAUAGUGUUCAGCAGUGUGUAAAUAUUUUUGUAUUGUUUUUUAUAUUGAAUUUGGAGAGUUGUGUGUUUUUCUUUCAUAAUUCAGCAGUUUGGAAGUGAUAGUUUUCGAUGGAUACUACAAAAAAUUUAUUUCACCAGGACCUAAUUAAACGUAGUCUAGAUUCAAGAAAUUAUGUAUCUUUUUGUAGUUUAUGUUAAAUAAUUAUAAUAUUCAUUUGGAAAAAGUUGUUGCCUCCAUGCUAUGUAAUCGUCAGAUCUUGGUGUUCCUGCACAGUUUUAACUGGACUCAUUGACAUGGACCCUCUGUCGUUGUAUAUUUAAGGCUGAACAUGUAUCUGUUGCACUGGGGAUUGACAGAUAUCUAAACUCUACAAAUGACACAAAAAAGUUACUGAUGUAUGAAAUUCAAAUGUGUGAUUUUCUGAUCUAUGGUCUCUAAUAAAUGAGAUGUGAAUCUGAAAAAAUAAGAUCUGAGUAUGAAAACGGAAAAAACAAGACCUCCAAUAUCAAAAUAUUUGCAAGAUUACAUUUAAAUUGAAAUUAAAAAAAUAAAUACUUAUUUUCUUGUACCCCA